UCAGAGCCAACACCCUCCAAGUUGGACGGCAGUCAGUCAGUCAAUCAGAAGUCUCCUGCGAGGGAGGCUGGAAGCACAAACAACAAGCUCGGGUCGACACGUGAAAUCUGUUGACUGGGACGCUCCAGAAUCUGUUUCAGAGAUGUAUCGACUGACCUUGGUGGCACUUGCAGUGCUGCUCGGCUGUUUACCUUUGGUAAAUGGAGGGAAAGUCUUGGUGUACCCUCUGGAUGGAAGCCACUGGAUCAACAUGAAAGUCCUCAUCGAGAAGCUUCACUCCAGAGGCCAUGAAAUCACAGUGGUGCGGCCAUCAGACAGCUGGUACAUCAAGCCAGAGUCCCCUUACUACAAAUCCAUCACUAUAAAUUCCACUGCUGGUUUUGAUGAGGACCGCUUUGGGUCAUUUGUAAUCACACUGCUGAACAUGCGGCGUAAAGGUGCCUCAAUUUGGUCUCGUCUCUUUCUGGAGUAUGAACUGAUGGUACAGUUCAGGCAGAUGAAUUAUGAGGCGAUUCAGAUGGUGGAGGAGAUGUUUGAGAAUACAAAACUGAUGCAGAGCCUUCACGAUGCGAAAUAUGAUUUGUUACUGACAGACCCUGCGAUCGGUGGAGGGGUGCUUCUGGGUCACCGUUUGGGUCUUCCACUUGUCUUUAAUGUGAGGUGGACUAUUCAGGGUGAGGGGCAUCAGGCAAUUGCACCUUCCCCAUUAUCCUAUAUCCCAAUACCAGGGACAGAGCUGACUGACAAGAUGACUUUUCUCCAGCGAGUCAAAAACUUCCUUUUCUAUCUCUUCACAUGUUUUCAAAUUUGGUAUGUCACAGACUCAAACUACAAAUCAUUUGUCCAUCGGUACUUCGGAUCCGACGUUCAUUACAUGGAGCUAUUUCAGUCGGCAGACAUCUGGCUGAUGAGGAACGAUUUUACCUUGGAGUUCCCACGACCCACAAUGCCAAACGUCGUCUACAUGUCAGGAUUUCAGUGCAAACCCUCCAAGCCCCUGUCUAAAGAACUAGAUGAUUUUGUCCAGAGCUCUGGUGAACAUGGCGUUAUAGUUAUGACACUGGGAACACUGGUGGCAAAACUUCCUGAGGACAUUAGUGAGGACAUUGCAGCUGCUUUCGCCCAACUUCCUCAGAAGGUGAUCUGGAGGCACAAAGGCAAAAGACCAUCUGCCCUCGGCAACAACACCUUAGUCUUGGACUGGCUGCCUCAAAACGACCUUCUGGGUCACCCCAAAACCAGAGUGUUUGUGGCCCACGGAGGCACCAAUGGAAUCCAGGAGGCUGUCUACCACGGCGUCCCCCUGGUCGGCCUACCGCUCAUGUUCGACCAGCCCGAUAACUUCUUUAGGAUGGAAGCAAGAGGUGUGGCCAAAGUCCUGGACAUUACAACUGUGAACAAAGAGAACUUCCUGAAGGCGCUGAAGGAGGUACUCUAUGAACCGACCUACAGGGAGAAAAUGAAGGCUCUGUCCAACCUGCAGAGAGAUCAGCCCAUGAAACCAUUGGAUCUUGCCAUGUUCUGGAUUGAGUUUGUCAUGAGGCACAAAGGAGCACCGCAUCUAAGGACAGAGUCUUACAAGAUGUCCACGAUCCAGUACUACUCAAUUGAUGUGGUGGCAUUUCUGCUGGCAGUAAUUUUGCUAGUAUUUACUGUUUUUAUUUCUGUAGUAAAGGUUGUGUGGGGGAGAGUGUUUUCUAAAAGCAAAGUCAAAAAGGCAUGAUGAACAUGUGUGAUAGUUGUGUCACAUUUUGUGGAUCCUGAUUUCUUGUAAAGAAAACAACAGCAUUAGUAAACUGUUCUGUUCUGUAUUUAGAGUCGUGUAUAUGACAGAAACAGCAUUGCACUCGUAUCCUAAAAUGCUAUAAAAAUGUUUGUACCUGAACGCACCUCCUAUUGUCUACUGAUUAAUAAGGUCAUGUUUCUGUUCUGUUCGUUCGUUCUUGUGUUUUUUUUA